AAUUUGGGGAUUUUGGCGGGCUUAAGCGGUUGAAGAGUGUAACAAUGGAGGGAAUGGUGAAGAAUUAUCAGCAGCGAUUCAGAAGGGUAAAGGAUGAAAUGGAGAGAUGGGAAGCUCUUCAAUCCCGUCUUCUUUCCCAAUUCAGGAACGCUUCUUCCAUCGUCGACCGCUUACAGGCGAUUCAAAGAUCUGCCAAUUACGGACCUCUGAAUAGCAUCAAUGGAGUAAAAGAUGCUGUUUUCAGAAAGCAGAUGGAGUCACUUGGCGCCAUUUUCCGCUGCAUGAACACAACACUGGAAGAGUUUCAUCUUAUUGUAUUGUCUCUUGAGAAGAUGCAUCGCGAUGGUAAACAGUUGGUAAGCAGGGGUUCUGCACUGGCUAUCACUACCAAGCAAUUGCAGCUUCGAAUUGGAGUUAAACCGUCACUAGCCUAUUGCUUGGACGGCCUUCUGAGUCUUCAUGAUAUGCAUCAAUCCGAGUACGUUCUCAAGUCAUCUGUGGUUUCAGCACUUUCGUCUCUUACAUUGAAAUCCAGCUCCAGUGAUCUGAGUGCCCUUCACCAGCUCUUGGUUGAUCAGCCUAAUAUCCCCAAAGAAGAAGUGCAAUCAAUCUUCGACAUCAUCUUCGCUGAAGAUAUAUGUUAACAACCUGUAAGUGAAACAAUGUUCACUCCCUGGAAAAAGGACAACGGCGGGUUGUACUUUUGUAGACAAUUCGAUCGUUUGAAGAAGAGUGAUUGAAGACCGAAUCGCAGAUGUGCAAAGUUAUGAAUGUGAGACCAUAUAGGCUUUGAUAGAAUGAAUUGAGGUGGAGGCUAAAGUUGACCAAUCUGUUAGCCAAGACUUUUGAAGAUGAAAUUUGCUCACACCUGGUUUGGUUUGGUCUUUUUAGUGAUUACUACAUUGUUGGACAAGGUGAUUGUUUUAUUAGCUACUCCAAAGUUUUUCAAUAUGA